GGUGAAGUACAUCUAUCUGGCUACGCACUAUUUAGAUGCGAUCGCUCCGCUGGCCAGCAGGGAGGAGGCGUCGCUCUUUAUCACAAUGGAUGAAAGGUCUCGUGGAUCCAGCCCACUUUCGGUCUCUCCCCCCACUGAAUCACUUUUCCGGCCUUCAGUCUUGAACCCGUCAUGUAAGCCGGUAUUUCCAGCUAAUGGAGUUCAGGCCUCUGCAUCAAUCCCCCCGGCAUCAUCCGCAGUUUCAUCCUUACCUCCGAGCAGCGCUGCCAGUGCACCUGCUACUUCUCACAGUCAUCAAAGCAUACCUUCGGACUACGUUUUCGGAUCAAAUAUUUCCUCACGCGUUGUAAACGCCAAUAUCUCCGAAGGUGCUUCCUCCAUCUUUCGUGUCGCUUCUUGUGAUCCAGUCAACAGUUCCGCCUCUGUAUUUGUUACUCUAGCAAAGGCCGUAUCUUCAAACUCCACUGAUAGUGCAUCCGAAACAUUGGUUGACUCAGCUAGUAAGGUCAUGGAGGAUCAAAAGCAGGCUGCGUUAAACCUCGAUCCGGUGGAACUCAUUACUGGUGAGGAGGGAGAGCAACAGAUUUUCCGACAGCAUUGUAGGGCCUACGUCUUCGAUAUUGGAAAGCAAAAAUGGAACGCACUGGGUGCCUGUCACUUUCAUUUGAAUGACAACUUUGAAGAAAAUGGUAGCGUCGGUUCAACUGGAUCUUAUCGAUCACGCGUUGUCGUGCGCCUGACUUCUACUCAGAAACUAAUGAUUAAUACGGCAAUUUGGGCCGAUAUGCCUUUGGCUUUGGUCGAUCCUAAAAGUCUUCGAAUUGGUGCAGUGAGUUUGGAUGGCGAACACAUCAAAAGCUACUUGCUUAUCUUUCCACCUGAUGAAUCAGCUUCCAAAAUUUUCCGGGCUAUCAGCGAGCGCAAACGCAAAGCAAAAGAAGAGGCCAGUUUUGAUCCAGAGGUAAAAUACACCGUCGCUAGUCACAAGCGCCACACGGAUAGUCCAUCUGAACGACCAGAAAAAGUGUUCAUAACCGCCAAUUCGUCGGUUGCCGAUUAUCCCCAGCCUACUUUCAUAAACAAGUCAUCAACAAGCGAAGCGGAACCACACGCCACCAGUAAGGUUCAUAAAACGAAUAUCUUUCGUCCUUCGGUUUUGAGCUCAGCAUCUUCAGUUAUAUGUGGUGCAUCUACGAGUCAUUCGUUUUCAGCUAGCAGCAGUGGAGUGCACUUUCGUCAGUCGGCAUUAGACACCGUUGUCAAACGUUUAAAAGACGAUGAAAUCUCCACCCCCAAAGGUAGUUGUCCCUCUGUGAACGUCUUGACAGAAAAUCGACCUAGUGUAUCUAAUCAUUUUGAAUUGGGUAACGAACAGCCGUUCUUGAGCAAUUUACCACCGAGCAGUGUUGGCACCCAUUGUCCUGAUUUCGUCUUCGGUCGUAAUGUUGCCGAACGUGCGACUGCCACUCAUGCUUCAGGCUCUGAUACAUCGCAUUCCUAUCGUCAUUCGGAGGGCAAACCAGUCGCGAAGAUGUCCGGGGAAAGUGAUGCCGAGGACUCUGAUCAUAUUACUGAGCCGCCUUGCGAACUUACUUUAACUAAUUCAGCCAAUGCUGUCGUUGCGGAAAUGCAAGAAAAGACUUCUCUUUCUCUCACAGAACUACCACAGUCAGUGGCUAUUACCGGAGAAGAGGGUGAAUGUACAGUCCUAAAAACAUAUUGUCAGUUUUAUUGCUUCGACCGCCAAAAGCAAGCUUGGACUGAACGUGGUCAGGCAUACUUGCACUUGAAUGACAUUCCGGCGGCAACUUCCACCGACACCACGCGAGUCCAAACCGGUCCCCCCACCCGUUCACGUCUAGUGGCUCGCGUGUGUAAGACCCUGAAGCUAUUAGCCAACACUCCCAUCUGGUCUGGAAUGAAGGUGAAUAUGGCUGACGAGCGUUCCAUCAGACUGACUACUCUCUGCUACAGCAAUGUAGAUGAAUCUCUCAGCACAUGUGAAAACCAGGGCACAGGGGAUAACAUUUCACGCUCGUCACCGGAAUUCUACGCCUACCUGAUGGUGAUGCGUUCACCAAAGCACGCCACUCGCCUUUAUCAAGCUCUCGUUUCUCGCAUGAAUGUCCUUAAUGAACGUCGCCCUGAUAAGUACGAUGCACCGGUAAAAUCAGACAAUGCCGACCAUUCACCCAGCGAAGUACCUGGAGGCCCGGAGUGCCAUUCUUCACGCGACUCAGCUUCGCCACUUACCUGAGUUUAAACUGGCGGCCGCCUUUUUCUCACCUCCCUAACUGGCUGAUCGCGAUUGCGUUUUGCUCCUCCAUCACUCCUUCGUUGACACUGCCAGAAAUUUAUUCGCGGAUUCACAGACCCACUUCACACUCGCGCUUAACUGUCACGUUUCGCAUCCUCUUUUGUCACAUGCCUGGUGAGCGCCUCCGGUUUGCGCUCAAUCGUUGCACGUUUUAUUCCAUAUGUAUCAUAUCCCGGGGUUUGAAUAAAAGUACUCUAUUUAUGAUACCCUAAUUGUGUGUCUAUCCAGCUUCGAGGACGUUCCUUUUUCCAUUGUACUUUUUAUUGUUCUUGUUUUCAUUAUCGCUACAACCUUGGACACA